AAAAAACAAAACAAAACAAAAAAUGAAAAACAAGAUAUCAAAGAAUCACCAAAUCAAUCAAUCAAAGUCCGAUGUACAGUGCAAGAAGCACCUGAAACACAGGCAAUCACCGGGUGUUUGCUCGGUUUGUUUGUCAGAGAGACUCUCUCAGUUAUCUUCACCAAGUUCACGUACUAACACCACCACCAUGGCUUCUUCCUGUUCUUCUUUAUCUUCUUCCCAUCACUCUUCUGAGUCAUCUCCGGUACAUAGUGUAUACAGUUUGGCUUUAGAGGCAAAAAAGUCCAUCACCAUGUCUUUCUUGAGGAGUGCCAAAAAUGUGCUUACAAAAAGUAAAUCCAUGGCUUCUGUUGCUCGAGCUCAAAGAGGAGAGGUUAGAGAUGGGAAGAAGAAAAGUGGGUUUUGGUCGAAGUUGCUUCGUUCCAGAAGCAAGAAGAUCAAUGAGGGUGUGGUACACUCGAGGACAACAAUGGUCCAUCAGUGGAGAUUUCAUCGGUGAUGAAACUUAAGGAGAGGUUUUAACCCAAUGUUCAUAAGUUGGAAGUGACAGGCCAGGGCUUGAAGUGGACACAGGGUACUUUGUAAAGGGUAUGGCUUCUGUCCAGUCUGGGAUCAGACUGGAGUGUGCUGUUGGGCCGAUGGAGGCCCACCAUGGAUUCUAUUUUGAUAAUCUGAACCGUUCAAUAUGUAGAUCUCGUCGAGUACUAUAUGUUGUAAAAAAUCACAUUGAUCGGAUAUCGAUAGCUAUAUGAUCAAAUCAGUUUCGUAUUAAAAAAAUUGA